UGUGACACAGAAAGUGAGAGAGAUAUAGUCGGGAAGAGCAGGAAGAGAGGAGUCCUUGUGUUCAUUUCACCUCCUAAUCAGUUUUCCUGAGGGAUUCAUCAUUGACAGCAUCCAUUUUUUCUUCAGGGAUUCAUCAGCACCAGCACCAGAAGCGGCAAGCAGAAAGCAAAAUAAGAAGAUAUAGAAGUUCAACCUGGCUACGUUCUCCUCCCAUCAGAUAUCCAAGCCUCAUACAGAUGACAGAAAUGGACGCCCCUCUUUCAACUCCCUGCAGUAUCCAAAUCUGUGAAGUGACAUGCGAUUCCUUCCGCAUCAUGUGGGAUAUGACCCCCGAGGACACGGCCAGAGCCACGCACUUCUUCAUCGACCUGAGCCGCAAAGAGAGCAGGAACCCCAACCGCUUCAAACACAGGGAUGUGCCGACCAAGCUGGUGGCCAAGGCCGUGCCUCUCCCUAUGGCAGUCAGGGGGCACUGGUUCCUCAGCCCACGGACGGAGUACUGCGUUGCUGUUCAAACUGCUGUCCGACAGCCAGACGGUGACUACCUGGUGUCAGAGUGGAGCCCGGUGGUGGAAUUCUGCACUGGGGACUACGCCAUGGAACACCUCCAGCAGCUUCUGGACAAGGCCAAAGAGUCUGCGGGGAGGUUGCUGAAAUUCUCUGUGUUCUACCGUAACCAGCACCCAGAGUACUUUGACUAUGUCAGGAGAGAAAGUGAAGGACUGAUGCGUCCAGCUCUAAAAGACAGCAGUGGGAGUCACGGCUCUCCCAUCAACGGCAAGCUGCAUGGAGUCUUCUUCAGCUGCAACACAGAGUUCGAUACGGGACUCCCACCAAAGGACUCCCCGUAUGGGCCUCUCCGAUUUCAGAUCCCCGCUGGACAACUGCUGAACCCCAACAUCAGCCUGUAUUUUGCAGACUUCUACUGUAUGUACACGGCCUAUCACUAUGUAGUGCUGGUGCUGGCCCCUGUUGGCACAGAGGGAGACGGGGCCUUUUGUCGCUCCCGUCUGCCAAUGCUGGACUUGACCUCCAACCCCUUUCUGACAUACGCUGCCCCUCAGAUUCAGGGGGAGGAACCUUCGUAUUGCCACGCCAGUGACGUGAUCCUGGAGGUGCUUUUCACGGAGCCGGUUCCUUUGGAUCAGGGCAGCGUGGAGCAGAUCAGCGGGCACCACCAGCUCAUGAGUCUGACCACAGCCGACGCCAAAAAAGACCCGAGCUGCAAAGUGUGCAACAUUAGCGUGGGGCGCUGAGGGCAGUGGAGGGCGGAGGGCAGUGCUGAUGUGGGACAGAGUACUGUGGAGUCUGUAGUGCAGACAGAACAAGACAACGAAACAGUUGACUGUAUCAUGUUUAGAUCAGUGGAGAGAGAGAGGGGGACACCUCUUGGGCUGCGGCAUAGCUGCUCUCCACCCUCCCUCUUCACUCGACUAUAAUAGUGUUUUAAAUAGCAAGCCUUGACAAUGCGUACCCCAGAGCGCCAUAGUAGUCGGAAAAGCGGUGAUGCUCAAACAUGACUUCAUUGCAAAAGAUGAAAUUAAAAGACAUUAGGAUUUAGACUUCAAGAGUUCAUGAGUGCUCUCUUCAGGUAUCUUAAUGAGGUUCUCUCUACAAUUAACCCCAUUUCUGAUGUCUUUUUUUUCCUUUUGCUGCACUGUGAGUUUGAUGUGACUGUAAAAAGAAAAAAAAUAUUUUUGCACGUCUUGUGAUUCUCACUCUGUAAAGCCAGAUGUUUCCUAUAACAUACUAAACUACUGAUACCGAUACUGAGCUAAGAUUAGCUUCUCUCCUGCUAUGGGGCUUCGGCACGUCCCUUAGCCCAGUAAUCCUUGACCUUUGAGGGAAUACUCUCACUGCCCUUGGUGAAAGGAAUCCCUCUUCCUUUGUGCACAGAAAUAAUUCCGACAGCUCAGACUGGCCAAAGCGUGCGUCACGACACCAGAGCUGAAGAACUGCAGCAGCAGAAAAAAAUGCAACUAGAAGAGAAAACUGAAUGUCACAAAGAUUUUUAUUUAAACAACGCAGUUACUGAAUCUGAAAGCCAACAAAUUAAAUAACCACUUUUAGAGUGCAAUUCAAAUGUAUUAAAAUUAUCCAUUGCUGUUGUAGUUUGCAUGAUGAAAAUAGUAAUCAUUUGUAGGUUGAGUUAUUCAUGCCCUUUCGCUUAGAGUCUUCCCGUGGCAGAGAUGUGAGUUCACACAUACUGUAAUGCUGUAAUUCUUUCCGUUGUUAUUGUCCCAAAAAGGCUCAUUAUGGCCUUCAGGUAAAUACAUUAAACAAAACUCUAUCCUUCUCUUGGCAUCAAGCACUUUAGGAAUGUCUAUGUCAAAUUCAAAGAUGUCUGUCUGAGGUCCUCCGAAGCGUUUCUGCAGGUACGCGCAGGCCACAUGUCUAUAACUCUGCCACGAGUCAAAGGUUAUGCGCACACGCACAUCCUU